AUGAGCAUGAGCAUGAGCAUGAGCAGCAGUAGCAGUUACCCAACAAGGGCGUGUUCGCCUUCAUCCUCCGUGAGCGUCUCCCCUAACUGCACUUCUUCAUGGAUGAUUCUCCCCAAGAACCCUCUCUCACUCCCUCAACCCUCAUGCGCCCUCUCACUCCCAACCCCCACGCGCCGUCCCCUAACCGGCCUCGUUAGGUGCGAGGUCGCAGUUCAACUCUCUUCUCAACAAGACGAAGAAGCAGAAGAAUCUUCCAAGGUCAGCAAGGUCGGUGCGCGCGUUAGGGUGAAAUCGCCGCUCAAGGUCUAUCAUGUUCCCAAGGUUCCGGAGCUCGAUCUCGACGGAAUGGAAGGUCAGAUCAAGCAGUACGUAGGGUUAUGGAACGGGAAGCGAAUCUCUGCUAACUUGCCUUAUAAGGUUGAGUUUGUUACGGAAAUUGAAGGACGUGGCAAGAAUUCAGAGUCUUCGAUCACAAUUAAAGUCUGUAAGACUCACUACUACCACUACUGA